AUGAGACAAACACCGGCCCCGCUGGGAGCGGCUCGGCCCGCCCCCGCUCUGCCGCCACCGCCGCCGCCUCCUCCGCCCCCGCCUUACUCGCUGUCGCGGCCGCAGAGAUGCGCGCACCACUUUCCCUGCCCGCGGCCGAGCGUCUGCACAGCCCCUGCAAAAACCACUACUGUUCAAGGCAGAAGCCCAGCUGCAGCUGAAGAGAGCCUGAAAACGGCUCAUCCGUUGGACACCCUAAGUUCCCAAGUGGUAGACAUUAUAUUGGGAGCUGGUCUGACGGAGAUGGCGGCCCAGACCGCCAUCGGCUUCUUGUUGUCCUGUAACCUGGCGGCGACCAGGGUGACCCUCAAGUUAUGA